AAAGCCUCGCCCGUGGCUUCAUCACCCAUCUAUUUAGAUACCUUUUUCUUAGCAAAUCCUCAAUCCGGAGCACGGACAGAGAUAGAACUAUGCAGGCAAGGAGGCUCAUCGGAAAGCCAUGGACGUGGGCAUCCCCCAAGCCGCCUCUCCCGACGCCGAGCCGCCUCGACCGCCGCCGGCUCAUGGUGAUCAAGCCACCGACUCGAGCCGCGGUCCACGGAGUCAAGCUGCCGAUCCCCGACAUUCUCGACAAGGAGGAAGCUGAGAAGGAGAUAGAGAAAGGGAAGAGAGAGAAGGAAGAGAAGAGGAAACAACUGGAGGAGGCCAUAGAAUCCAAAAUCAAGAGCUCCGAAGUGUCUCACUCUUUGUUAAAUGACCCGUACUGUAACUCCACAAGAAAAUAGGAUGAGACAUGAGAGACUCCCUAGUAUACCCUCUCUCUGUAAUGACAGGAAAAUAGUUCAAGCAUGCCGUGUAAUCAGACAUUCUAGGCUGGUCUGAACAAAGCUGUCUUCCAACUUCUGGUUUUAACCGGAUCCUUUUCAAUUUAGUUUUAAGCCUGGGGUUCAUUCUCAGGUUCUGUAAAAAA